AAUAAAAGAAUUUUUAAAAAGUGGCUGCUUUCCUAAGAUUUUGCCUGAGACUCAAUUUAAAAAGCAAUGGACUAAUUUCUUUGGCAGAGGAGAUUUCAAGACAGCCUAUAUUAAUUCUAUUGCAUAGUUAUUAGUAAUCCUAGGCAGUGAAGAAGAAUAAGUAUGGCAGAAAUAAAAAAUGUAGUUUGAGGGGAAGAGAACACCAGGAAACAAGGUUUCAGCCAAGUCUUAUGCUGAAAGAGAAAUUAUAGAGACGUCUGAUCCAUAGUAAAAUAAAGGAAAGGUUGCCCUCAGGGAGAGGCCUCAUCUGGUUAAACUUCCACCUUAUGAAAAGAAAAGGCAGAGGGAAUUUUCUGCUCCCAGAAACAAUAAACAAAAAGUGUAGCAAGUGUGAUUCAGUGGGGGCCAGCAUUCAUCCAAAGCUGACAACUGAACUUGGCAAUGUUGUCCAUGUGGUGCUGGUUUUAGAGUAAUGAAGGAUGCACUAGUUAAGAGGUUGUGGAAUCUUCCUCUGUGGAUUCAGAGAGCUGCCAAAGCCAGGCAUGUAGCAGGGGAGUCACUGUAUGGAAGCCCUCAAAGGCCAUUGUUUGAAGUUGUGGAAGUGAAGCUUGUGUUGCAUUGGAGGCCCUGCUAUUUUGGAGAUACCAGAGCUAUGAGACAUCUGCCAAAGGGAGUAGAACAUAGGGGGUGGAAGCAGCCUAAGAGAGAGGCAUGCAGCAGAACUGGAGAGAUGAAACUAUUUAAGCUUUUUCAUGUGAGACAUGGAGCUACAGGAUUAGGAGUUUACCAUGCUGAGUUUUGGGUUUGCUUUGGUCCAGUAUUUUUUUUCCACUAUGCUUUCAGUAAUCCUAUUUGAAAUGGAAAUGUGUAUCUAUGCCAUUGUGUUUUGGAUAUAUAUUUUUUGCUUUUUUAUUUCAUGGGGGUUACAGUUAAGAGACUGCCUUGAGUCUCAGAAAAACUUUGGACUUUUAAACAGUGUUGGGACUAAGAGAGUACAGGGACUUUAGAAGACAGACUGAAUUAUUUUGCAGUAUGAUAUGGCCAUGAGACUAUGGAGGCCAGGGAGUAUAAUAUGUUGAUUUUGGACAAUAGAUAUACCUCUAUAUUCUCAGGCAUUUGAUAACUUGGCCCCCAGUUUGUGGCAGUGUUGGGGAGGGGAGGUUUAGGAGUUAUAUCAUUGAGACUGAUUUUAAGAGCUUAAAGAUUUGUGCCAUUUUCAGUUUGCUCUCUGCUUGCUGCUUAAAGUUGGAAAUGUGAACUCUUAGCUAUUCCUACCUUCAUGCCUCCCUGCUGCCAUGUUUCCCCACUGUCAUAGUGAUGCUUCCCUCCCUGAACCAUAAACCCAAUAAACCCUUCCUUCCAUAAUUGAUGUUUUGUCACAGCAAUAGAAACAUAACUAAUAUAGACACCAUGGCCGUUACACAUUUUUUUUUGUAGUGUGAUUCCUACUUUAAGUCAGUUUCAUUUCAUUCUUCCUUUUACAUUGAGUUUCUCAAGGGCAAGACUCAUGUCUCAAUCCUGGAAAAGUGAAUGGCAUGAUACAAUUGGAUAGAUGAGGAGAGUCGACACGAUCUAAAAUGGCUGCUAAGAAAUAACAUUUUAUGGCAAGACUAGAGAUCUGAAUGAAGAAGUGGCUUACAGCUACUAGGAGCAAAGGGCCCAGCUUAUGUGAGAAGUAAACUCAUGGUUCAAAUGUCUGCUAGAGAUAUACCCAUCUCAUCCACUCCGGGCAAGACAUAAGAGAAGGGCAGUGAGUGACUUAAAAGUGGGCUUUUCCAUAAAAGCAGCCUCCUUUAAAAAUAACUCUCAAGGUCCUGUACCCAACAGCUUCAUCUUCAUCUUAUAGGUAGAGUGUAGUAAGACAUUCACUAUUUAAGCAAAUUUUGAAUAUCAUCUGUACAUUUAAUUAAAAUAACAUUUUUAAUUUAAAUUUUAUUUUAUUUUUAAUUAUACUUAUUUACUUUGUAUCCCCCCUCUAGUUCCCUCCCUCCUCUCUUCCCAAUCUCUCCCUUCCUCCCCCUUCUCCACGAAUGCCCCUCCCCAAGUCCACUGGUAGGGGAGGGUUUCUUUUUCUUCCUUCUGAUCCUAGUCUGUUAGGUCUCAUCAGGAGUGGCUGCAUUGUCUUCCUCUAUGGCCUGGUAAGGCUACUCCCCCCUCAGGGCGAGGUGAUCAAAGAGCAGGCCAAUCAGUACUUGUCAGAAGCAUUCUCUGUUCCCAUUACUAUGGAACCCACUUGGACACUGAACUGCCAAAGGCUACAUCUGUGCAGGGGUUCUAGGUUAUCUCCAUGCAUGGUACUUGGUUGGAGUAUGAGUCUCAGGAUUAAAAUAACAUUUUAAAAUUGGCUUUUUAAAAUUGGUCUGAGUAGAUAUGUUUUCAAGUAUAUAAAAUACCUGCUAAGCAUAUAGGAAAGUGCUUAACGUCAUUGGACACAUGAGAUUGUAAAUCAAAUCAGUAACUUAAUAUCCACUGUGAUGAUAUCAGAACCAAAACAAUAGGGACAAGGUUUGUUCACAAGGGCAUGUAGAAAUUGGGACCUCCAAAAUAUUGCUGGGAACUGUGAAAAUGGAGUUACUGCUUUGGUAAAGUCUGGGAGUUCUUCAGAAAGGUAGAGUGCUGGGUUGAUGGCUUAAUCAGUAAAAUGCCUUCCGUACAAGCAUGAGGAAUUAAGUUAUGGAUACCCAUCACUUCUUCCUGGCAGAGCUACAGCCCCAGUGUGGUGUGAGCGUGUGAUGGGAGUAGAAAGAGGAAAAGACAGAAGUAUCUCUGAUGUUCAUUGGCCAGCUAGUAGAGUCAAUUAGUGAGCUCUCGUUUUUUUGGUGAAAGACCUUGUCUAAAAAAAAGUGAAAUGGAGAAUGACUAAGAAAGUCACUGGAAACUUACCUGUUGCCUUCACUUACACACACACGUGCACAUGUGCCCUCCCACACAUGUAUUCCUGCCACACACAAAAAAGGGCUAGCAAGAUGGCUCAGCAGGUGAAGUACUUGUAGUGGAAGCUAACUUGAAUUUGACCCUCACACCCAUGUAAAGGUAGGAGAGGCUUGACUCUAUGCAGUUGUUGUCUGAUUUUCAUGCAAAGGUCACACACACACACGUAUAUAUGCACAAACAAUGAAACAAUGAAAAACAAGAUUUGGUGUGGUAUCACAUGCCUUUAUUUUAUUUUGUAUAUGGUGUUUUGUCUGCAUAUAUGCUUAUGUACCACAUUCAUGCCUGGUGCCCUCAAGGCCAGUGGAGGGCAUCAGAUCCCCUGGAACUGAAGUUACAGAUGGUUGUGAGCCACCAUGUUGGUGCUGGGAAUUGAACCUGGGUCCUGUGGAAGAGCAGCCUUAACCACUGAACAAUUUUUCCAGACCCAUGGCACAUGACUUUAAUCCUAGCACUCAGGAGGCAGAGACAAGUGAAUCGAGGCCAGCUUCAUCUACAUAGUUUCAGACAAGCCAGAGCUAUAGUGAGACUGAACAAACAGUAAUAAAACUCAAAAAGUAAUGAAGUAUUUAUGCAUGCUGCUAUAUGGGUGAUUGUUUAAAAAAUGUUUUAUAUAUAUGAGUGUUUUACCUUCAUGUGUGUACAGACUCUGCACGUAUGUACACUCUGCCUGAAGAGGCCAAAGAGGACACUAGAUACCCUGGGUCUGGAGUUACAGAUGGUUAUGAACUACCAUGUUGGUGCUGAACCUGAAUCAUUCUGAACUGCUGAUGACUCCAGCUCAUGACUACAAAAUUUUUUGAGACAGGUUUUGUUUAUUUGUUUGUUUUUAAUUGCCCAGUCUGUCCUGGAACUUGCUCUGUAGAUUAAGGUAGCCUCAGACUCAGAGAUCUGCCAGCUUCUGCUUCCCUCCUGGGAUUAAAUGUGUGUGCCUAGCCUAGCCCAUCAUGGAUAAAAGGUCAAAGCAUUAUGGCAAACAAAAAACCCACAGAGGAUCACGUAAGUGUUUAUAUUUAUUUUUCUGAGAAUUUCAUACAUGUAUAUAAUAUAUUUUGAUCAUAUCCAGCAACCCCAUUACCUCACACCAAUUCCCUCAAACUCCCCUAAUCUUUUCACCUGGUAACUUCAUGUCUUUUUCUUUUUCUUUCUUUUAAAAGCCCACUAUAUUAGUUACUUUUUCAUUUCCAUUUUUUCCAUGAUAAAAUACCAUGACCAUAAGAAACUUACAGAGCAAGAGUUUAUUCUGGCUUACAGUUCUAGAGGGAAAGCCUAUAAUAUCCAGGAAAGCAUGGCAUGGUGGCAGGAACAGGAAGCUGAUUACAUUUCUAUCUAUAUACGCAGGGAGGGAGGGGAGGAGGGAGGGAGAGAAGUAGAGAGAUUAAGAAGUAAGAUAAGACUAUAAACCCUUAAAGCCAACCCCCUAGAUACUUCUGCCAGCAAUUCUGCCACCUCCUAAAAGUUCCCAUUAACUUCCCCAAAACCAGUGCCACCAAGUGAUGAAAUACGUAAACCUGGGACACUUCUCAUUUAAACCACCAUGCCCACCACGUCCAACUAGUGAUGCUGGUAUGUGCAUGGGUGUGGGUCUCACUGGUACAUGGAAACAUGCCAGUGGCCAUAUCCUCAGACAAACAUGACUUCCUCCUCCAGUAGCCAUCAAGUGCCAAUAAGCUACUUAAGGGUUAGGAAGGACCAUAUAAUUCAUGAUGCCAUUUAUACUAAUGUCCAGAACAGGUAAAUCUGGGGUUUUGUGGGAUAGUGCAGUUGAUACCUUGCUUGCUAUAUGUGGCAAUGUGUGUUGUAAUUCCAGUACUGGGGAGACACAGAUUUCUGGGGCUCACUGAUCAUCUGGUCUAAGUGACUCCCAGGUCCCUGUAAGGCCCUGACUGAGAAAAACAAGCUGUGUGGCUCUUGAGGAACAAUACCAAAGACUGAUCUCUAGUCUCCCCAUGCUUGCAUACACAUGCACAUAUACCUGCACAUAAUCUUGCAUAUAUACAUCCACAAAAAGGCAAAUCUGGGGCUAGAGAGAUAGCUCAGUGGUUAACAGCACUUGCUGUUCUUCCAUUGGACUGCCUUUCACCCAUGAAAGGCAGCUUUGAGGUGUCUAUAACUUUAGUUCUAAGGGAAUCAUGUGCCUCUUCAGGUACCUGCAUUCAUGUGCACAUACCCACAUGUAGGCGUACACACCUACAUCUUAUUAAAAUAAUUUAAAAUCUUAAAAACAGUCAAAUCUAUAUAGACAAGCUAGAUAAAGUUAUUUGAGUGCGCAAAAUGGGAGUGAUCACAAAUGAACUUCUGUAGGAGAUGAUGAACUAUUCUAAAGUUCAGUAGAAAUAUUUGCUGUGUUUCUAAAUAUAUUACACAUAUAUUACAACUGAUUUAUAUGGUAUGGUAUUUAAAUAUAUUUAUAUGUAUAUAUUUAUAUACAGCUCAGUAAGCCUAUUUAAAGAAUUGUCUUUUAUCUGUAUGAUAGGUCUUUGUAAUUAACUUCAAAUGAUAGGAACUAGUUAAAAUAGGGGAGAAGUUUGCCAAACAGUUAACAUUGCACAUAUUUCAGAAAUUUCUUUUUUUUUGUUAGCUAGCAAUAUUUUUUUUAUUUUUAAAUAAUUUUAUACAUUCACUUGUAUCCCUUCAGAAAUUUCUUAAUCGUUGUCUCUUUUUCAUUUGAGUCCUGACUGAAAGAGGAGGAGGAGGAGGAGGAGGAGAAAGAGGGGGAGGAGGGAGAGAUGGUGGGGGUGUUGGGAGAAGAAAUGUCAUUGUCAUCAUUAUCUACCCUGUACAGUUAGGGUCAGACCUCUCUGGCUUGCUGCCCUGAUGCCUGAGAUUCUGAGUUGUGUCUUUGUUCUGUGUUCUGACCACUCCAGAACAAAUCUAUUUUUCUGCAUCUGCAAAGUUGAGAAAUGACAAUGCCAGAGGUCAGCAGAUAGACACAGGAAGCCACUUUGUCUUGAAGCCUGUAGAAUGUUAGCUUUGUCCUAUGGAACUCUUGUUUGAGAACUUUGUUCCUGAUAGAUGGGCAAAGGUAGCUCAAAGGCCAGGCUUAGUGUUGGCAAAAGCCUCUGUUCUUUGUAUCUAGGGACAGACAUCUCCCAGUUCAGGCUCUGGUUCCUCAUUAACAAGACAGUAGAGAGAAUAGUCUUCUCAUACAGAUUGUAUACACCUAGUGGCAUGGACCUUCUCUGAAAGCAUUGUAGGGGUAUACCUGAGGAACUGUCCUGAAAUGGUGAACUUGGGAUAGCCCCCAAGGUCAAAGCUUGAGAAAAAGAAGAGGAUUGCCUGUGUGGAAAAGUAGUAGUCAGGAUGGAAAGUGGAAAAAGAGAUGGCUGAACAGCUGCACUCAAUGUCAAGAAUGGUGGGAAAGUGCAGCCAGCAGCCUGCCCUCUGCUCUUGUGGCUGACAUGGCAAGCAUGCUGGAUUGGCUUCUGGACAGAUGACAGAGAUGAGCUAGAACUACAGGAGGAUGCUAGAAAGGCCAUGAGAGGAAAAAAGUCCUGCUUGAACUUCCUUCAAAUGGACAUUCCUGCAUGUUGCUCUCCUGCAGAGGCUCACAUCCUCAUGUAGGCCCUCAGAAAUAAGCCCUCAGAAAUAGGCAUUGUUCUUGUAUAGCAUAAGAUCCAGAUCCACAUAUUUUCAUAAAUGUGUUAUCUGCUAAAUUCAAGACUCCCCCCCCCCCAGCUUACUUGAACACUGAGAGCCCUUGAGCAGCCCUGUUAAAGAGGGAAGAUGCUUCCCACAGUCCACUGUGGAAAUGUUAGGGUAUGCAUUUUUCACACUGUAACAUCUCUGCAGGUGUGUUACAUCUUCCAGUCAAUGGUAUCUUUCUAACAGUGCAUUUUGCAAUUGUUGAUGUCCUAGACUUUGUGGAAUGUUGCCUGUGGUAUCAGAUUUUGAACUGUGGGGUUGUAUUGUCCUCCAGGCUUUGCUGCCUGGCCUAGGCUGUACAUGUUGAGUAAUCCAAUAUGCAUCACAGGUUUGUGACGAGGAGCUCCCAUGUCCUUUGUCUCUGGAUAAAAUCAAUGAAAUCCUUUUGUUUUUUCAGGCUUUACUCAGUAGACACAGGCAGAUCUUCUACCCUCAGGUCGCUAACUACAAAAGGUGCAGUGAGACUAUUCUCCUUGCCCUGGCCCUUUUGUUUAUCUAGCUCCCAAGGUUCCUACUUUAGGUACUCAGAUUCAGUGACCCUCUCUAGAACUUUUCUAGGCCUAUCCUCAGCAGCAGGCCUGCCCCAGUGUGGCUCAUUUGCAUUGCUGUCCCUGGGAAAUGAGGGAGGGUAGCAAUGCUUUAUUCUAGCAUGAAAGAAUGACCAGCAACUCUCUUAUCCUUCUGAGACAGAAACUACUGGCUCGAUGACCUGUUUGGGCUAUUUCUGCAUGUAUACUCCAUCUUUUCGCAAGGCUUCUCUGUAGGUAAGAGCUUCUGAGCCCAGUCACGUCACUUCUCAGAGUGCUGAGUCUUUACAACUGAAGGUCCCUCUCCUCUGAGAUGGACAGUGUCACCUAGCAGUAUGCUUUCCCAGACGACAUGAACCAGGUCAAAAGUAACCGAGAACUGUACCUACAAUACUCAGCCACAGCUCCCAAACUGCUGGCCCAAAUCUCCAAACUCUUCAUUGUCUGCCGGAACGCAGGCAUUUCCAUCCCAAAAGGCAUCAGGAAUAUCUUUGAAUUCACCUGGGAGGAACUCAUCAGCGACCCUGCAGUGCCUACUCCAUCCGAAAUUCAGGAUCUGGUGAUCUCCUUUGGAUCUCCUACAGUGGUGCUUGCAGAAGUGGUCCCAGUGCAGACCCCGCUGCAGAAGAAGCCACCCCCACCCGCCCCACCACCCCCAGUAAUCCUCACAUCUCCCACUGGGGCCAAGCACUCGACCCCCACACCAGCCCCUCCUCGGCUGAAACCCAGUGGCCAAGAAACACUGCAAAAGUUUCAGCGGCAAUCCAUCCACCUAUUGACGGAGCUGCUUUCUCUGAAGAUGAAGGCCAUGGUGGAGUCUGCCUCUGGUGCUGAUCCUCUAGACAUCACCAAGCGCUUUGUGGAGGCCAGCCAGCUCCUUCAUCUCAAUGCCAAGGAGAUGGCCUUUGACUGCCUGACUGGCACUAUUGGAAAAAGCUGUUUGAGUGGAGCACAGCUAAGUAAAGAAUCAGCUAUGAACAUGUCUACCAUGGGAGUAAACACGCCUUACCAGCUUAUCUACCAGAGUUCCACUGGCUGUCUGAGCUUCUCCCUCUCAACGGGAAAGGAAGGCAAAAAGAAAGGCAAGGGAAAGCCUAUAGAGGAGAUCACACCCCCAAUUGUCCGAGUCCGAACCCCUCCUGAAAGCGUUGUCGUUGAGAUCCAGGACCCCUGCCCUGAGGCUCGGGAAAAGCUGCAGGAUAUGUGUCGCCACAUAGAAACCGAAAGGAUCUUUUGGAGAGGGAAUACUGGCACCUACCCCAUGAUUUUACGCAACUACAGAACAAAGGUAGCCUCUCAUUUAGUGUUGAACCAAAAGGCGGAUUCUCACCAUUCCACUCCGACUCAGGUUACUACUUUCACUCCUUCCAGCCACCAUGCUCACACACACCGCCAUUCUCAGGAGUGGAGGGCGCACAAGAAGCCCAUCAAGCUGCAUUACGCUUUCUAUGAUGGCUCUUCCUUCAUUUACUAUCCCUCCGGAAACAUUGCCAUGCUUCAGAUUCCCACCUGCUGCAGAGGGAAACCAAUCACCUGCCUCUUUAAUGACAGUCCUAACACGUUUCUGGCUCUGUUUAACGCUGAAGGCCUGGGCUGUGUUUACUACAACAUAAAGAACAGUUGUCCAUAUGUCUUGGUUUUUGAUGAGGAAGGUGGGAUCACAAAUGACCAAAAGGGCUACAUAGUCCACAAGUGGAGCUGGUCUAACAAGACUGAGACAUUGCUCUCUCUGGAAUACAAGGUGAAUGAACAAAUGAAGCUAACAGUCUUGGGACAAGACUCCAUCACAGUCACCUUCACCUCCCUGAAUGAGACAGUAACUCUCAGUGUGUCGCCCAAAAGCUGUCCCCAUACUGUGGUGCAUGACAAACGGCCAGUUCGCAGAAUCAGCUAUAUGGAUGAAAAGGUGGCAAAGAUAAACAGAGCCCUGGCUGAGAUCAAGAAGCGGUUUCAGAAGGCUGUGACUCAGUUUAUGAACUCUGUAUUGCUGGCAGCAGGCCUGUUCACCAUAGAAUAUCCUAUGAAGGAAGAUUUAGAAGCUAGUCGGGUCAAGUUGAAAUCUGGGUCUCAUUCUGAGCGGAACCAUAGGCAAAAUUCAUACCAAGGGGAAACCCUUAUGCGAUCCCACUCAAUCCAUCAAGACUCUGCUGCUGAAGACACAUUGAAGGACGAUACUGUACUCACACCCUUGAUUCCUGUUCGAAAGAAGAGCAACAAAAUCCAGGCCAAAGUCUCACCAAGAGGGAAGUCUGGAGAGGUUCGCAGCCCCACUAGGUGGGCAGCCUCACCCUAUGACUGCCCACUGGUACUGCGGAGGCUCAUUAUAAAGGAAGACAUGCGAGCUGGCUGCAAGUGCAUUGUGAAGGCACCCCUGGUGUCCGACUUGGAGCUGGAGCGCUUCCUGGCUGCGCCCCGAGACCCCUACCAAGUACUGGUAUUCGGGAUAAUGUCGAGCCAGAAUCCCAACUCCACCGCAGAGCUGCGGUGGCUGCUAGACACAAUGUACAACCAUCGGCAACAGGGCCGAGCCUCACCCUGCAUGCAGUGCCGGCAUGACCCUUACCGCCUACUGCGGUAUGAUCUGGACAGCCCCCUGCAGCAGGAUCCGCCCAUAAUGGUGAAGAGGUUCGCUGUGGUAGACGGGAUGAUUUUGAUGUUUGCUGGAGGGAAACUCCUUUUUGGGGGCUGUGUCCUAAAUGGCUAUGGCUUUAGUAAGCACAAUCUGCUGAAACAGAUCUUCCGGGCUCGACAGGAUUGCAAGAUGGGCUACUUCCUGCCAGACAACUACAAAUUCAAUAUGUCUACCUAUAUGGCAAGCCUGGAAGAUGCUGAGUCAACUAAAAGAGCCCCAUCUGAAGAUUUCGAAGGCAGUGUCUCUUCAUUGGCACUUGGAGACAAAGUAGAAAAAGAACCUUCUCCACCCCCUGACAAGUCGAAACAGCCUGAAGUGGAACCACAGCCUUUACUCAAGAUCAGGAGGAGCAGUAAGAAAAGCAACAGCGGGAAGAAGACAGGUUCUAAGAAGUGAUGCUGGAAUUGCCAGCGAAGCCCUCCCCAUACCCAUCCCCUACCUCCCACCACCACCACCACCCUUUAAUAAAUGCGCGUGCCCGUAGUGUCUGGGUGAGGAGGUGGUGGGUGGGACAGGCCCAGCUCUGACUCCAAGAAGGCCAGAAGCCCCCAUAGCUAGUUUCAGGCUGGGUUCUUGAAAACUUGCUACCCCCAAUUCAGUGCUUUGUCUGUGGCCAGGGGUAAGCCUGAGACUACAGUUCUGGGGAAAAAAUGUUUAUGGGUAAGGGACUGCCUGCUCAACCAUUCAGCAACCCUGGGGAGUCCCCAGAAGGGACUGGACUGUGUUUCCCACCCUCUGUUGAAUUGGAUAGACUUUUGGUAGAAAGAAAGGGAGAGGGCCACAGAAAGGGAGAAAAGACUGAAGGAGUGGUGGAAAGAGAUGAGAAAGCUGGCAGGAGGGUGAAGGAUGGGAGGGCAGAGAGGGAUGCCAAAGGAAGAGGGAGACUAAGAGGAAGAGGAGGAGUGGAAUGAAGGCCAGAGUCCAGCAGAUACCUCGAAGGCUCUCAUCCCUAUUUAGCCCAGCAUGGAACACAUGGGUGGACUGGAUUCUCCUUUUCCUGAGUGCAUGAGUCUGGGGCAUCCUUGUCAGUGUCCAGGGGCCCCAGGCACCUGUCCUCUGGGGUACUUGCUGCCUUGUCCCUUACCUUUUAGAGAGCUGCAUCUCUCACGACUGUUUAGUCAGUAAGCCAUGUCCCCGUAGCAAGAAUUUUGGAGGGUCUGCCUUGGCGCCUAGAAUAGGGUCCAGGCCCCAAACUCCAGGCAGCAUUUGGUGAUGUAUUUUACAGAUAACCAUUUGUGCUUCCUCAGUAACACAUGCUUUUUCAAUCUGAAUUUUUAAGGCUUAGUUUUUGUCUGUUUUUUGUUUUGUUUUGUAGAUUUCCAAGACAUUGUUUUGAGUUUGUUUCUUCCCCUAGAAGUGUAUUGGAAAUGGCCUGCUCUGUUCUUAAGCUGCAUAUGUUAUUUUCAAGUCUUGAUUUUUGAUAGGGGGCUUAGUGCUCUAAGCAUGCUCCUCUCUUCUGCUCUCAUGCACAAAGACAGAUAAAAGCAAGAAGGCAAAGGGCUAAAGUUCUUUUCUGUUUUCACAGAUAGGCACCCCCAAGCCUAGUGAAGGUCAGAAUUGAGGCUUCUACUCAGGCUACAGUCUGAAAUGAAGCCUCUGACCUGUGCCUUUUCAGUCUUUAGGCCAUGUGCUCAGCUGUCUGUGCUCAGCUGUGGAUAUGCUAAGCAGUCAGUGCUUUGCGUACCAGAAGGGGCAGGACAGGUUCUGGCCCUAUGCAGAUGCUUAGCACCCUGGAGAACAGGAACACUUCCCACUGGCAAAGCAGGCAGUGAAUGUCCAGGGCAGCAUCAUUAGAUUGCUCCUGGAGAAGGAGAAGGAGGUAGAGAAGAGGAAAGCCCUUCUCCUUGGAAAUGCCAGGAGAAAUGCUCUCAUGAAGACAGGAAGGUGCUGGAUUGUCUGAGUUUAGAUUAGUGCAGGGCUUCUUAAACUUUUCCCACUUGGGACCAAGACAUAUUUUACAUAACCCUGGGCAUAUAAGUGUGUAAAAUAGGCAUGCAAA